AUGGCUGCGACCGCCAUUGGACCCCUCCGCUAUGCAGCAAAUGUCGUGGAGAUGUACUCGACUAAUGUGUUGCGAACCCCUCGGACAACAAGAUUAUGCCUACGGAUGGCGACGCUAGAAAGAGCAAGGACGCGAGGCACAAGCUCACAAAAACCCCGGUACCAUUCAUCCAUGGCAGCAAAUGCCACUACAGCAUCCUCCGUCUCCGCGUCCGAAGUCACUCACUUCUCCCGCCUCGCAUCCUCAUGGUGGGACCCUCACGGCCCUUCUCGCCUGCUCCAUCUCAUGAACCCUCUCCGCCACGAGUUUAUCCGCUCGUGUUUGCAAAGGCCAUCGUCGAACACGUACCCUCCCGACCCCGAGAACAGGAACGAGAACGAGAGAAGACAUUCGUACCUAGACGUCGGCUGCGGCGGCGGUAUCUUCGCUUCCUCGGCCGCUCGUCUCCCCACGACCUCGCGCGUAACAGCCAUCGAUCCCACAGAAAGUGUCAUUCAGGUUGCAAAGGAGCAUCGGCGCUCUGAUCCAGCCCUCGCAGCUCCUGGCAAGCUAGACUAUCUUAACUGCGCCAUCGAAGACCUUCCCGUACCAUCCUCCGACGGAGAAAAAUACGAUGUAUUAACCGUGUUCGAAGUCCUCGAACAUAUUGACACGCCGUCUACCUUUCUCGAAACCGCAAUCCCCCAUCUCAAACCCGGCGGAUGGCUCAUUGGGUCGACAAUCUCCCGUUCGCCCAUCGCCUACCUCACGACAAAACUCAUCGCCGAAGCACCCCUUAUAGGUGUAGUUCCGAGGGGCACGCACGACUGGAACAAGUACAUCAACCCGCCGGAGCUGAGGGGGUAUUUUGAGUCUGGAACAGCGCCAGGACGGUGGGGAGAGUUCAUUACGCAGGGAGUGGUCUACAUCCCGGCCAUCGGAUGGCGAUUUGUUCAGGGGAGUGAGGAGUUCGGGAACUACUUCUUCGGAGUGCAAAAGCUGGGAUGA